AUGUUGAUUGCUAACUUCGGUCUUUCUAUCCAUGAUACAAAUACAGGCCCAAUUAAUCAUGAAAAUCAUGGACCAAAUGCGUUUGUUGAUCCGCGGGCACUAAAAGAUCUUUCAUACAAAUGUUGGCAUGAUGAAUCAGAAAAACACCUAGAAGCGUUGGCUAUUUCAAAAGAACUAGAUAAAAUCACUCAAGAGACGGCGGUCGAAUAUAGAUUAAGUGGUCUUGCGCUACUUAACCUCAGAGACACAAUAUCCCUUAAUGUUAACAGAACAGUAAACAUGUUAAAAUGGAAAGAAAACUGUGUGGCUAUGGCAAUAGGGAACUGCGGACUCCGUCGGUGUCCUAACUAUGGAACCAGAGAAUAUCAAGUUUUUCCAUGUUCAUUCGAACCACCUUUUGCAACACUAAAUUUAACCGUUCCUCCUGAAUCUUUCUUCAUUGGUGCGGAUAUAUUGAUUAAUGGGAAUGUGGCUACAAAUGUUGACAUUACUAAAGAUGAUAGUUUCGCUUUUGAAAUGUCAAUUGAUAAAAUGUCUAGUGGAGGUGGUUCUAUUCCCAUUUGUGCAAAAAUUGAAUGCCCAACUAGAGAAUGUGCUAUUCCAUUCUUUGGAGGUGAAGUAGAGAACCCCACUAUAUACCUUUUACGUUCGGCAUUAAAUUUAAAAUUACAUCAAAUACAACAAUAA